AUGGCUGAAAUAGCUUCACCACCAUCCCUUAAACCCUAUACUGAUGAGUCUUCUCUCACAGGUGAGGCUGAGUCUUAUUCGGCUAAACUUGUGGACGAUGAGAUUCCCACAGUUGAUUACUCCAUGCUCUUCUCUAAUGAUCCUGAUCAAGCAUCCUUGGCUAUAGAACACCUUGGCCAAGUAUGCCAAGACUAUGGCUUCUUCUACCUGGUAAAUCAUCAAAUCCCAGAUGAGGUGUUGGACACUCUUUUCAAGGGAAUUUCUGAAUUCUUUGAUCCAACGACGUUAGAGGAGAGGAGGACAUACAGUAAAAAGGAUCCAACGGACCGAAUUAGGUGGGGCCUAAACUGUUCUUCUGGAGAAAAUAGGGAAUAUAUAAAGGUGAUUGCACACCCCCAGUAUCAUUUUCCUCCCAACCCAUCAAGCUUCAGUGACAUUUUAGGUGGAUACCACAAGGAAAUGAGGAAGGUAGUAAUGGGAUUGGCAAAGGCAAUAUCGAAGACAUUAGGGCUUGAGGAGAGCUACAUAGAGAAGGCAUUUAACUUGAAAUCAGGGUUCGAUGUAUCGGCCAUGAACCUUUAUCCACCAAAUUAUGUAUCGAAAGGCCGCAUCGGUUUGCCUGAUCACACUGAUCCUGGCUUCAUUGUAACACUGGUGCAAGAUGUGAAUGGAGGUUUACAAAUAUUGUCUCACAAGGGAGAUUGGAUUAAUGCUUAUAUUCCCCGUCAUGCCAUCCUCAUCCAGCUCGGUGAUCACCUCGAGAGGAUCUCGGUGGCCACACUUCAUGGGCCAUCGCUGGACAAACUUUUGAGUCCAGCACCAGCAUUUGUUAACGAGGAACAUCCACAAGCAUACCUUGGCAUGACCUAUAAGCAGUCCUUAGAAGCUAGCGGAGCAGACGAGAUUGAUGUGCAGUCAUCUCUUGACCAAAUCAGGCUUCUCAAAGUCUAA